AUGCUUGGCGCAUCUUUGCUCGAAAAGAAAGAGAUCCAACGAGAAAUUAACCGAAACACGAUAGGUGCAAUAAGCACCUUAAGCCUUAAGAAAUUGACUAUUAAUUAUGAUUUCGAAGGUGGAGUGCGGUUUUUGCUGGGCGACGGUGGUGGUGGUGAUGGUGGUGGUGGUAGUGAUGAUGAUGGUGGUGGUGGUGGUGGUAGUAGCAGCAGCCGCGGCGGCGAUGGCAGCGGCGGUGGUUUUUUGCACCAACCGCGAGUGUUGUUUAUACACCAUCAUAGUGUUAGCAAUAGUGCAAUAACGUUAGCUGGUAAAAAUAAUGUCAAGAAAAUACACACAUUGCUAUCGAUAGUGGACGAAAAACCAAAGCUGGAUACUGGACAGAAUAACAGGCACAACGAGCACCACAUCAAAAACAAUUUCAAGCACAACCAUUACACACAUAAUUCCAUACUGACACCCUCGACGCUAAACCAGGGCCUAGAUGCAGGUACAAGCGACGAUAGUGGCAGAGCGUCUGAACAGUUGCACGGCCCUGGUAUACCUAGGGAUUGCCAGGACGCAGACAGUUCUAGGGACCAUCUCAGCGAUGCUAGCAGUCAUUGCAGUUCGGGUAAAGGUUAUAUCUGUGAUAGUGAAGGAGAAGACGAUAAGGGCUCGGAUGCCGAAUCUAUACUCUUUGAAUCUUCUACCUCACCACCUCUCACACGUAAAUACGAAUUGCCAUCUUCUUCGCCACACGUUUUACCACCCACAAACGGGGCAGGUGGAUCUCCACCGGACACGGGUGGUCAAACUUCUAAUCCAGCAACGAAUGCUCCGGCACCUAUACCACCUCCUGUGCCUGCGUCUGCACCAGUUCCAACAGCGCCGAGUCCUCCUAGCCCCACGUUGCCUCCACACAUAUCCCAGCCUUCUAUGACUAGUCCUUUGGCAGCGAAUCCACGUGCAAUAGCUCCGCAACAGCGGCCAGCUUCCCCCGCUCUGCCUCCACCCUCCCUAUCUCAGCAACCGCACACUACGAUACCUGCAUUACAUCCACCUAUUGGGCCCCUCGUCUCGAGUCAUACAACUAGUCCAGCGGUAGCCAGUUUAGGUGUUACGCCAGCAGCACCAUCGAACGGAGCGGCCACCACGAGUUAUCCACCUCCCAUUCCUAUAGCCGCGUAUCCUCAGACACAACCAUCGUAUCCACCGCUCUACACCCCGUACACUGCACUAAAUCACAGUCCAUAUCUUCCGCCUGCGGUACCAUCCCCUUCUCAUUCUGCUUCAUCGCGCGCUGAUGUGAGAGGGAGUAGAGCUUCCCCCUGUACCAACAUAAGUAAACAGACUAUAGGAAGUAAUCUCGUGAGUCACAAUAAUACUCCACUGAGUGCCGCCACCACAACAUGCGUAUCCACUAUAACUAAUACAGUUACCACGGCAAAUACUAUCGCUCAUAGAGACAUGGUGGCCUGCAGUCUAUCCGGACGAAAUAAUAACUCUCCACGUGGACAUAGCCCCAGUCGGGAAAGGGAUAGUUACAGCAGUAACGUGAGUAGUCUAAGUCGGGGCAGCAUAACGCCUGUUAGUGUGCCAAACACCUCCUCACCAGCCAAUUCUAGUCUACCUACAUAUACCAAGCCACAAAGUUGGAUUAGCAGCAACACAGCUCCUCAGUUGUCUCCAGCGACAGCUACAUCUGUUCCGAGGCCAACUCCACCACCGGUACCACUCGGCAUACCACAUACAUUUCCACCACCGAUGUUCGCAACGCCUUUACCGCCGCCAGUGUCUAGCUCAAGCCCCCAUACUUCACUGCCCUCGCUUCCCCCACCGACGACCAAUCCCAAUCCGUUUUCUGCAGAGUCUCUGUUCCAAACAAAAGGGGUGACACAUGUUGCAGGUCAGGCUGAUCUUCUGAGGAGAGAACUCGAUAAUAGGUUCUUAGCAUCUCAAGACAGAAAUGUUGGUGUUGGAGUGGGGAAUUUGGGUCCAGCGUAUCUUCGAACGGAAAUGCAUCAUCAUCAACAUCAACACACGCAUGUACAUCAGCACACGACACCGUUGCUACCAGCUGCAACAUCUUCACUUUUUCCACCUCCAAUUUUUAAGGACAUCCCAAAAUUGGGAGGAGUCGAAUCACCAUUUUUUCGUGGAAACUUAAACCUUUCUGGUUAUUCCGGUUUUAACACUGGCCUUCUUCAUCCUGGAAUUGGACCGCCUUCGACACCUUUUGUGCCCCCUAAUCACUUGACUCCGUUUGCGCCAAAGAAAAGUGGAAAGUGGAAUGCGAUGCAUGUACGUAUUGCGUGGGAGAUAUAUAAUCAUCAACAAAAGCAACAGGCUGAAGCUAAAGCGGGAAGUGUCGUUAGUACCAAAACUGAGUUAUUAAGACCACCGACCCAUCUUUAUUCCGGGGGACCAGCCAGUGGUCUUGGACUCGGUGCACCAUCAAUGGCACCUCCGUUUUCCACUAAUAUACCAUCUGCCCAUCCUGCACCACCUCCACCACAUCCUGUCGGUUUUCUUUCUACAACGGCCUCACAUUUAGGAGCAGGAUUAUCUCCCUUUGGAAGAUAUCCUUCAACGUUCGGCGCGCCGAAUCCUAAUUUUCCAAACCUUUCAACUUUUCCGCCAAGAGAAAUGCCUCCUCUAGGUGCACUUGGUUCAGUACACGAUCCAUGGCGAGGAUUGCAACGCGCUAGUACUGGAUUUCCACAGACUACUGUUUCGUGGGGAUUGAAACCGGAACCUCCUGCGAUAGACAGGCGCGCCGAACUAGAAGAACGGGAGCGCGAGCGUGAACGGGAAAGAGAACGCGAACGAGAGCGUGAACGUGCCGAACGGGAACGCGAGCGUAUCAGACGCGAAAGAGAACGGGAGAGGGGUGAGAGGGAAAGACGUGAGAUGGAGCGCGAGAGACUACUUCAUCAGAAUCGACAACAUGUGGUUACAUCCCGAGAUCGUUCGCCGCUCAGGAAUGGUUCGGCGCCUUUGGAUACUGGGGAAGUGCGCGUAAAGGAAGAACCACGCAGUAAAGACGACGAGGUUGUAAUGCUUCCCCGACCGCCAGUACCCGGUCCCGGAACGACGGGGCCUGCGCCAGGACCAAAUCCACUGCCCGAUCCGAGAUAUCACCCGCAUCCACAUGCUUAUCUUACGAGGCAUCCACACGGUAUGCCAACUUCGCAUUCUAUGCCACGUAGCAUGCUUCCCAAUUUAAGCGCACAUCCGAUGCAGCAUUUUCCACCACCAACUGCGCCUGCCGGUCAACCGGGAGCCCCUUGGCCGGGCGAUCCUUUCCGGGAAUACCGGUUCGAUACGCUGCAACAGUUACGAUAUAAUCCGUUAGUGGCGGCGUUCAGAGCUGAAGAAGAGGAACGAGCAAAACUGUACGCCGGCUAUCCUCCACCGCCGGUGAAUACACUCAGGAGUAAGGACCCUAGUCCAGGUCCGCUCAGCAACUUGCAUAUGCAUCAUAGAGCAGGACCUGGUCCAGGAGUACCGACACGUCCGCUCGAAAACGCCCUCAUGCACGCGGAUAUUCACAAGAAAGAAGAUGGAUCACAGUCCCGAUGAUACUUUGUUUCGGCGUCCUCGGUUUCUGCGAGCGAACGCACUGACGGUCCGACCUUUUGAGCACCCCAUCCAGUUAAUACUCGGAGUUUGGUGCUGAUAUUUUGCUAACAGAAAAAAGCGUUAUUUAAAAAAGAAAGUGUAAAUAGAUACUAUAUAUAAUAUAUAUAUAUAUAUAUACAUACAAUAUUUAUAGUUAUCGAGAGAAAAAGUACAGAAGCGCGUAUAAAACUACGAGAAAACGUAACGAAGAUGCCUUGCUACCAAUGUCGGUGUUCCACCAAUAAUGGCGGCUAAAUGAAUAAUGACGUUUUGUGAAAUAAUUACAGAGGCAUCGCUGAUGUAUCACAAAUGAUAACGCUAUUGUUAUGUGAUUUCUGCAGUUUCAGUGAUCUGACUGUCUGUAGUGGUAACGAGCUCUAAUUAUUACGACGAUAACUAUGCGUACAUUUUAAAAAGUAUCGUGUGUAAUAUUAAUAGUUAUUAUAGAACGUGAGGCGAUGGUUACGUAAAAAGGAAAAAAAAUGAAUCCAACAUAGAAGAGAAAAAGUUAAGCGGAUCUCUAUUAUUACUCAAAAAUUAUUUAAUUAUUUAUUUAUUGCGACAUAUAAAUGAACUUGAAUCUCUACUACUGACGUACAAGUGCGUAAGAUUUGCCCUUAUUUAAUUGAUGUAAUAUACAAAUGAUCGAAUGUAAAUUUUACUUCUUAGAUUUUAAUUUGUAUAUUAGAGACGGUAGAAAAAGAGGAGAGGGUAUAUAAAAUGUGAAAAGUGUUCUUUGGCUUUCGGCGGCACAUGCUUCUUUCAUUUGCAUGCUGACUAAAAGCACUCUCGUGCUUUCCUGUGAUAUAAAAAAGAAAAAUUAAUCAAGAAUAGUAAAUUCUUUUACCAUAAAUUGAAGAUGCAAAUACAAUAAAAUCAAACUAUCUGAUAAAGUUAUGGCAAUUAGAUUUUUUGUUAUUUAUGGAAAACACAGGAUGACGCUUAAUAUAACAGCAGUUUAUCCGUGCCAAAGUGCUUCAAUCAAAGAAUUUUUAAUACUGUGUGCAUGUGCAUAAGCAUUCGAAGUUUUUUGUACGUUCUCAUGAAAAUUAUGGCAGUUUUAUUCUUCUCUUUUAACCAUUCUCAAUUCUUAGCCAUAUACGUCAUUGUGUUACCAGAGAGCCAAUUGAGAUCUCUUUAAAAGUUCUGUGCCAUGGACCAGGUUACGUUCGAAUAUUCCUGGUGCCUCAAAAGAAAAAUAUGACUUUUCUGAAUGAUCGAAAUAAUUUCCAGACUCUGUUCCAUUUAUAUUGUAAAAUCACAAUAAAAUUGUAUAUUAUAUAAUUAACAACUAUACACACGCAGUUUAAAAAUUGUAGAUAUUUUUCAUCGAUGCAAAGUUACAAUGUGAUGCAAUGAUUUUGUUCAUGUAGAUAUCGCGAAGUAUAAAAGAGGAUUUUGUGUGAAUAGGUUUUUCUAAAACUGAUUCUUUGUAAAAGGAUCUAAUAAUCAUAGUUUCUAUCAA